AUGUCCACGUCGCACACGUCGCAGCGCGAACCUACGCCAGCAGCACCGCAGACGUCGCGAAGGGAGGAGGACGAGGACGAGGUCGACCUGAACGACGACGGAGCCGACGAGAUUGACGAAGCCGAGAUCGAGGCGAUGAAGAAGCGAGGUGCGUUUCAUGGCCGGACAGAUCUCCUUCUCUGCACCAUGCACUGAACCCCACCCCUCCUCGUGCAGUGGCCGAGAUGGAAGCCGAGGCUGCGAAACUGAGGGCCAUGACCGCUGCGGCGACGGCGGCUGCUGCGGCGUCAUCGAACGGUGGAUCGUCGUCAAAUGCUGCAGGCGAUAGUGCCAUGUCCGACGACGAGAAAGAGGCGGUCGACAGCAGGAGUAUCUACGUUGGCAAUGUGGGUUGCACGUCGUCCCUCCGUCCGGAGGUGUGCGCUCGCUCGGAUCACCUCGAGGCGUGACCGUGACCGCAGUCGACGGAGCUGGGGUGCUACGCACAGGCAACUGACCAGACCUCACUUCACUCGACUAGGUCGACUACGGUUCGACACCCGAGGAGAUUCAAGCGCACUUUGCCUCGUGCGGCACCAUCAACCGAGUCACGAUCCUCUGCGACAAGUACACCGGGCCAAAAGGGUCCGUCGCGGGUGGAGCCAGGGCAUCAUUCCCAUCCGAUACUUAACCUGAUCUCCCGUACAGCUACGCCUACGUCGAAUUCGCGGAGCCGUCACUGGUCGCCAACGCGGUGCUGUUGAACGAAAGCAUGUUCCGCGGUCGCUUGCUCAAGGUACGCCUCACCGCAGUCUAA